UUUUUGUGCGCGUGUCCAGCGGAAGGUUGGGCCAAACGUCACCUCCUCCAGCAGCGCCAUAUCGCUGCAGAAACCGAUUGUUCUCGGUAGAAGUGUUGACGUUCUGAAGAUCUGGAGAUGCCGACCAUGUUGUGGAUUUGGGGGUUCCUGGCGCUUUUCGCGCACUCAGUGGUGUCAUAUACAAACGGGAAAUGUGGUCCUCCAACCAGGUAUCCAGACAAACACCUGUUGGAAAAGUAUGAGGGGAGGCAGGAGUUUAAUGACGGAGACAAGGUGACGUAUAAGUGCGCGCUCGGUUACACCGGUCAGGGCUUGCGCGUCUCCUCCUGUAACAACGGAGCAUGGAGUCGCCUGGACUUCCAGUGCAAGAGGAAAAGGUGCGGUUCGGCUGGAGAGCUACCAAACGGCCGAUUCCGACACAUGGGAAACGAAUUAGAGGACUUGGUCUACGCAGAGUGCAGUGACGGCUACGUUCUACAAGGGGAUUCCGUUAGAAAAUGCCUGGCUGACGGGUGGAGUGGAACAGUACCUCGCUGUGUGGUGGCUGAUGUUGCUACUGUAACCUUUGCCACUGGAGUGGUUUGUCCUCUACUCAAAAAUGAGAACGCUACGUUUCAUGGAGCAAAGGCUGCUUAUAAUCCUGGAGAGACCUUAUCCUACUCCUGCAAUGCUGGAUUCCAGCUGAAUGGCAAUAACAGCAUUCUGCAGUGUGGCAGAACGGGGCAGUGGAUCCCGAGUCACACUAACUGUCACAAGAUCAAAUGUGAGCGAUUUACCAUACCCGAUGGAAAAGUGAGGUUUGGUCAUCUAACCUAUAACACACGAGUAAGCAUCUACUGUAAGGAUGGGUUCCACCUCAAAGGGCCAAGUCACGUCACCUGUGGAGGCCAGGGCGUUUGGAUUCCAGCUCCACCCACCUGUGUAAAAGUGAUGCCCGUACAGGUCACAUGCCCCCCCCCGGCGGUGCCCAACAGCAGCGGACAGGACGGAUACAAAGCGGAGUAUGAAGUUGGAGAACGUGCCGCCAUCUCCUGCCAGAAAGGCUACAGACUGAUUGGCUCGUCACAGAUCACGUGUCUAGAAGACGGCCAAUGGGAGGAACUGCCGAACUGUCACCUCAUUGAAGGGAGAUGUCCUCCUCCACCGUACGUCCCUAACGCCCACACCGAGCACAACGACCAGACGCACUACAAACCCAAUACCAUUCUCCGCUUCAAAUGUAAUCACGGCUACCGCAUGGCCCGAGGCCCGAGCACCAUCUCCUGCAGGGACGGCCAGUGGACUGAUGUUCAGCUGAUGUGUGAAAAGAAAAGGUGCGGCUCGGCCGGGGAGGUGGAAAACGGACGUUAUCACUAUACAGGCAAUUUGUUCGGGGACAUGGCUACAGCCAGGUGCAAUACAGGGUACCAACUGGUCGGAAAGGCCGUGAGAUUAUGCAGAGCCAAUGGCUGGGAUGGCAGAGCACCUGUAUGUGAGGCAAUCCAGUGCCCUGAGCCUCCCUCGGUCCUGGGCGCAGACUUAAUUUAUGACCUAAGUGAAAUAAUAAAAUACGGUUAUGUGGCGUCAUACAGAUGUCACUUUGGGACGUUGAUCGGCGAAUCAGACAUCGUGUGCACUGAACAGGGCACGUGGAGCCCUCCUGCUCCUCGCUGUGAAGUUACAUGCCCUCCCCUCAACCUGUGGUACGGAGUAAUAGUGUCUGGAAUGAGACCUCGAUACCCAUCUGGGAGCUCGGUGGCUUUCAGGUGCAACCCAGGACGAAGAUUAAGCGGCCCUAAAGUCAUCACCUGUGGUAUGGAUGGAUACUGGAAGCCGAGACUCCCUAAUUGUGUAAUUUGUCUGAGUUCUGGAGAUGGCGGUCAUCGUGUGGACUUGUGUGAUGUUGGUGCUCUCAGUGCACCUCUCCCUCAGUCAUCGACUCCUACGUCUUACUCUUUCUCCUCACGCUUUACCUUUGCAGCCCCUAGCAAAGAAUGUCCACCACUCAGCACAGAUGAUAAAGCUACUUAUAACAUAACAAAGGACACAUAUACAGAUAAGGAGACCGUAUCCUACGUCUGCAAUGUUGGCUUCCGGCUAAAGGGCCGCAAAAGUAAACUCCUGUGUGUAAAUGGAACAUGGAAACCAAAAAGUGCAGAAUGUAAACUGAUCAAAUGUGAGAAAUUGACCAUUCCCAAUGCCAGUCUAAAUACUGGCCAUCGAAGGUUCAACACCCAAGUAAACAUCAGCUGCCAGGAGGGGUACAACAUCAAAGGGCCUAAUGUUAUCACCUGUGGAGGCCAGGGCGUUUGGAUUCCAGCUCCACCCACCUGUGUAAAAGUGAUGCCCGUACAGGUCACAUGCCCCCCCCCGGCGGUGCCCAACAGCAGCGGACAGGACGGAUACAAAGCGGAGUAUGAAGUUGGAGAACGUGCCGCCAUCUCCUGCCAGAAAGGCUACAGACUGAUUGGCUCGUCACAGAUCACGUGUCUAGAAGACGGCCAAUGGGAGGAACUGCCGAAAUGUCACCUCGUUGAAGGGAGAUGUCCUCCUCCACCGUACGUCCCUAACGCCCACACCGAGCACAACGACCAGACGGACUACGAACCCAAUACCACUCUCCGCUUAAAGUGCAAUCUCGGCUACCGCAUAGCCCGAGGCCCGAGCACCAUCUCCUGCAGGGACGGCCAGUGGACUGAUGUUCAGCUGAUGUGUGAAAAGAAAAGGUGCGGCUCGGCCGGGGAGGUGGAAAACGGACGUUAUCACUAUACAGGCUCUUCGUUCGGGGACAUGGCUACAGCCAGGUGCUUUGAAGGGUACCAGCUGAUUGGAGUGGGUGUGAGGCACUGCACGAAUAAUGGAUGGGAUGGACGAGUAGCUGUGUGUGAGGCUAACCAGUGCCCUGAUCCUCCAGAGGUGCCAGACGCAGACGUAUAUUUAGGGACAAGUGGGAUAAUAAAACCAGGUUACGUGGCGUCCUACAGCUGUCGUUUAGGCACGUUGAUCGGCGAAUCCGAAAUCGUCUGCACUGAAGAUGGCACAUGGAGUCAUGAGGCUCCUAGGUGUAAAGUUGUUUCGUGUCCUGCCCCUAAUAUACAGUCUGGGUUUAUAUUUUCUGGAGUGAGGCGUCAGUACAAUUCUGGAAUCUUGGUGACGAUCAAGUGCAAUCCAGGAUGGAGAUUAUUUGGCUCUAGUGUCAUCAAGUGUGGGGCGGAUGGAGAAUGGAGACCAAGACUCCCUAAAUGCAGCUCUUCCCAAGGAGGACGUUACUGAGAGCAGAAGCGCAGCAGCAACUUCUCGUCCUUCAUCAGUUUUCUGUGACACUUUACACACACACAAAAAAAAAAAGCACCCGUCCAAUAAUGAUCGCAUUAAUAAGGUUAAUAUCUGAUGUCAUCAUUUUAAUAAGAAAUAAACUGCUGUCCUGCUGCA